AUGGCCUCGACACACCUCGACGCGACGCCGCCGAGCCGCACGCAGCACGAGUUCUCAGCGCUCACGGACGGCAGCCACGACAGCUUUCCGGUCCUGAUCCACGACGACGAUGGGCCGAACGAAGAGGAGGUGCUGCACGAAGUCGCGCCGCCCGCCCACUCGCUCUCGUACCGCGCCGACAUUGACGGCCUCCGGACAGUCGCCGUCGUCCCCGUCGUCAUCUUUCACGCGUACCCAACGGCGUUUGCCGGCGGCUUUAUCGGUGUCGAUAUUUUUUUUGUGAUUUCCGGCUUUCUCAUUUCCGGCAUCCUCUUCAAGCAGUUCAAAGCGUCCAAGUUUACGUACUCGGACUUUUACGCCCGGCGCAUUCGGCGCAUCUUUCCAGGUCUCCUCCUCAUGCUCAUUGCGACCGUGAGCAUUGGCUGCGCGUGGUACCUCGCGCCGGCACUGAAGUCGAUGGCCGCGACGUUGACCGCCGGCUGCGUCUUCGGCGCCAACAUCCAAGUGCUCACGCUCAAGAUGGGCUACUUUGACGCGAGCAUCAAGGAAAACCCGCUCUUGCAUCUCUGGUCGCUCGGCGUCGAGGAGCAAUUUUACAUUUUCUGGCCGCUCUUCGCGUCGCUGGUCAUAAAGCUCUCGUACCGCAAGGCGAUUCUUGCUCAAGUGUUUGUCUUGGUCGCGAGCUUUGUCUGCAACGUCGCGUUCCUUGGCUACGGCGGCACCAACAACUACGCCUUCUACUUUCCCCUCUCGCGCUUCUGGCAAAUGGCAGUCGGCGGUCUCCUCUCGUACAUCAACCUCCAGAACAAGGUCAUGGUCGCCCACCACGGGCUCUGCCAUGUGCUUGCGCUGCUCGGACUCGCGGCGCUUGUCGUUGGCUUCUUCAUUAUCAACGAAGAAGACGCGUUCCCGGGUUUCUGGGCGCUGCUGCCGACCGCCGGCGCCGGCCUCCUCAUCGCCAGCGGCCCCCACACGUUUGUGCAUAAGUACUUUUUGAGCCUCUACCCGAUGGUCUGGAUCGGCCAGCUCAGCUACGCGUGGUACCUCUGGCACUGGCCGCUGCUGGUGUUUGCGAAAGCGCACUGGCCGCAGACCGAGCUCCGCCCGUGGUAUGCGAUGCCGUACUCGAUGGUCUUGCUCUCGCUGCUGCUGAGUGUUUUCACCUUGUACGGAGUCGAGAACCAUUUGCGUCGCCGCAAGGCGGCGUGGCUCGUGCCCCUGCUCUCGGCGCUCAUGGUUGUUAUGGCCAUGCUUGGCAUCUGCAUCCAGCUGUACCCAACGGCCUUCUCGGCGCUCGAGACCGCGCCGCACCGGUUCCCGUCCGCAGUGUUUUACACGGCCAACGGCAUGCCGCCGCUGAGUUGCAACGCCGACCACGCCAAGGCCGUCGACGCCAUCAAGACGGUCAAGCCCAAGUCGGUGCUCUACGCGUCCGAUUGGAAGCAGUUUCUGCGCUUUGGGAGCAGCUCGGCGAGUGCGAGCGCGUCACCGCGCUGCUGCACGCGCAGCUACGCGGAUGCGUGCGACUACCAGUCCAAAGGCGACGUCGAGGCCAUGAUCAAGACGCUCACGGACGAGCUCACGUCGUUUACGAAGCUCGGUAUCCAGGUGUACGUCGCGGGCCUCAACCCGGAGGGCAAAGAGUUCAACCCGAAGAACAUGCUCAGCGGCAGCGGCGUCGGCAAGGUCGACCCGGUCUCGCGCGCUGCGUACGAAGCGAUGCCGCAGAUCGCGUACCUCAACCGACUGCUCGUCGCGGCGACCAAGGCCGCGAACGCGACGCUCAUCAACUUUGCCGACAACCAGUGCUACAGGGACACGUGCCAAGUGCUCUCGAACGUCGGCGAGCCCAUCAUGCGCGACGACGACCACUUCCGACCCGCGUACGUCAAGCACUACCUCAGCGUCAUCGACCAAGUGAUUGACGCCGCACGAUACUAA